AUGGACGACGAUCUCUUUGACUCCCUUCUGAACCUCGAAUCGGAUUUCUACCAAGAAGGCUACAACGAAGGCUUCGCAGAUGGUGUCCGCAGUGGCACAAGCGAGGGCAUGCAAUUUGGUCUGCAAACUGGCUUCCACCGCUUCCUCUCCGUUGGCAUCAUCAGCGGCCGUUGCGAGAUCUGGAAACAUGCCAAACCUCCCCUCACCGCGCGCUCAGCACCGACUUCAAGCCCGGCUGCUUCGAGUAGCGAGACAAUUGAGGUCAUGUCAAUCGGACCUCCUGAAACAGGAGGGGCGCGCGCCACGAAACAGUUGCAAGUCCUUACCGAUCUUGUGACUGACAUCCCGAUCGUCAACACGGAGGAAGCAGUCGAGGAAUUUGAAAAUAGAUUGAAGCGCGCAAAGGCGCGAGCAAAGGUCGUACAGCGCAUGCUGAAAGAUUCUGUGCCUCUUUCUUACGAGGAAGAGGUUGUCAAGGUCGGAGGCCGUGGAGCUAGAGGCGAAGAGACGAUCGAAGACGCAACCACGGGAUUCGAGCUCGUGGACGUUGACGCCAUCGAAAGCAGCAGUACCCACAACCACCCGGUCCAGCUAGCGGACCGCGCAGCUUUAGAGAUCGAGAUCACCUAA